AUUUCGUUUCGACAUUGACAAGACCAUCACCCCCUUGGACGCCUUCCCCACGAACAUAGCUGCUGUCGUUCGACCCCAUCGCGAGUUUACGCCGGACAACCCACGCAUCAGCAUACAUAGAUCUGCCGCCAUUCCGGCUCGAUAGCCUCCACACAGCCCGAAUCAAUUUGCGCGACAAGAUGGCAUCCUCUUCUGGUGCCUCGGGCUGGGUUCAGCUGCGACAACAAGCCCGGUCGCUGGAGAAACAGACCGAGACGCUAUUCCAAACAUACUCGCAGAUCGCCACGGCCAACAACAUCCCAGCCAAGCCGACGGAACAGGAGAGGGAAACAGAGGCGCGACUGCAGGAGACACUGGAAAAGAGGGAGAGCGUGCUUGGACAGCUGGCUCGGCUUCUAGACUCGGAAGCGGCCAUCUCGUCGUCGGCGCUCAAGCCGAAGAACCUGGUGCUCCUGCGCGAGAAGCUAGCGGAGCACCGGCGGGACCUGCCGCGGCUGCGGUCGCGCAUCCAGGAGGCGCGCGACCGGGCCAAUCUGCUGUCCAACGUGCGGCAGGACAUCGACGCCUACCGCGCGAGCAACCCCGAGCAGGCCGAGGCCGAGUACAUGCUGGACGAGCGCCGCCGCAUCGACAACGGCAUCGCCACGACGGACAACGUCCUCAGCCAGGCCUACGCCGUCAACGCCAAUUUUAUCCUGCAGCGCGAGACGCUCUUGAACAUCAACCGCCGCAUCACCAUGGCCGCCAGCCAGAUCCCUGGGCUCAACAACCUGAUCGGGAGAAUAUCGGCCAAGAAGAGGAGAGACGGCCUCAUUAUGGGCAGCUUCAUCGCCUUUUGCUUCCUUGUGUUCUGGUUCUUCUUAUAACACAUCCCCACUUGCCUUGGUGCUGUUUUUGGCUACCAGCCCACCGCUCAUGAGCAGCGCGGAGGUUUGAUUUACAAAUGCUUUGACCGUUUCUCAGGUUUCGCAUAGCUUUUAUUAGGGCAUUGGCGUUACGCGUAACCACUGACACGGGGCGUCUGGUAUGAUUUCUCUUUUUUUUUCUUUUUAGUUUGUCUAUUUCUCCUUAUUUUUACAUUUAUCGUUAUUGUACAUGGCCAUGUCCAUUUCCAGCGUCCCCCGUCCUCAGCAACAGAAAUUUUACCAUAGCGGCAAACAGACAGUGGCGGCUUCUUCGAAAUGGUGGUGCUAACACAACCCGCCAGCUUUCUUCUUCUGAUGCUUAGCAGACUGCAUUGCUCACUCCCUACCUACUCAGAUUACGCCGUUUUCAGUCUCGCAGGAGCCUCUCGAGCCCCUUGGCAAGGCUGGAUCUCUCCUCGGGCUGGCUGUUGCCGCUGGCGGCCCAUCUUAUCCUGCAGUCGCUGUCGACGAGAUAGGUGUAGCCGACCUUUGCGUUGAGGAUGCCGAUAGAUUCGCUGAUCUCCGGAGAGACCGGAUUCCUGACGAGAAAAUACUUGUCCCAGUUCGAACUUCCAACCCGGUUCCUCAGCGAGCCUAUAAAAAGGCGGAUGAUCCAGGCCUUGAGGGCAUUGUCCUCGAUGUUGAGACGCACCAACUGGGCGGCGGCGCCGCUACCGUCGAGGAUAUGGUGGAGCUCAGGGUUCGCCUUGGGCGAGACGAAGGUAUCGACCUGCUGUUCGGCCCAGGCGCUGCUAAAAACGGCGACGACCGAGGUCUUGCCAAAAAGGGCCGGAGUGGUGUCGUGCGGGCCCGGGUCCGUCUUGGACAGGGUGCGGCCAAAGAAGUUGGGGAAGUACAGGGACCUGUCUGCCUUGAAAAUUCGGGGCGGGGCGAGAAAGGACUUGCCCUCCUGAUAUUUCAUAUUGGACCAGUCGCGGAAGUAGGGCCGCGAGAUCUUUUGGGUGCUGCACAGGAGACGGACGAGCGGGCAAGGUCAGUGACGGAGGCGGGGGCACACAGGGGCUGCGAGGCGACGGGGCGGGGCGAGAGGGUGGGGGUGUUGCGUUGCGUACAGCUCCUUGCGGCGGGCCAGGUGCUUCCCGUAGUCGACAAAGUCGUCGCGGCGCUCGCGCAACGACCGCGUGUCCAGCCCGGUGUUCUCCCCAGGACGCGGGGGGUUCGCCAUGCCGAUGGGCCGCCCGAGGUGCUGGGGGAUGAAAUCCUCGCUGGCCCGCCGGCCGUACGAUCUCGGGGCGUUGCCGAACGGGCUCGGGGCAGCGGCAGCUGGCGGCGGCGGCGGCGGCGGCGGCGCG